AUGCAGGACACAGAGUACAGAGAUGAAAUGAGCGAAUUGCCCCUGUGCAUUUCUCCAUCAAGAAUGCGAACAAUGAUGAAAAGCUCACCAGACGUCGAAUGCGUCAGCACCGAGUCCGUUAUAUCUAUGAUCAAAGCGACGGAACUGUUUAUCAAGGAGCUAGUCACCCUGUCCAACCCACGGGAUCGCAACGAAAUAGGUUACCACCAGCUGUCUGAACUGCAAACUAGAUUUGAUCGGUACUCCUUCCUUUCCGAUAUUCUUCCCCAGAAAAUAACGGCUAGAGAGUGGUCUGAGAAAUACAAGCACCUAUUCCUGUCUACACAAUAA